AUGGCGACGGGUGGCAUGGAUGAAGCAAGCAACAUGAAGGUGGUACUGAAACACUACGUAUCUGGUUCACCACAAGAAACCGAUAUGCAUUUGACAGCCGGAACCAUCAAACUCAAAGUACCAAAGGAUUCUAAUUCCAUUAUCCUCAAGAAUCUUUAUCUCUCAUGCGAUCCCUACAUGAUCUUCAAAAUGAUGAAGCUCGAAAGACAAUUAACAGAUCCUUACGUCCUCGGUUCGCCUAUAACUGGAUAUGGAGUGGCUAAAGUUUUGGAUUCAGCACAUCCUGGCUUUGCAAAGGAUGAUUUGGUGUGGGGAAUAACUGGUUGGGAAGAGUAUAGUCUAAUUUCAGACCCUAAAAAUUUCUUUAAAAUCCAACAUACCGAUGUACCUCUUUCCUAUUAUGCUGGAAUUCUUGGUAUGCCUGGGAUAACAGCAUAUAUUGGUUUCUAUGAGCUUUGUGCUCCAAAGAAAGGAGACUAUGUGUUUGUUUCAGCAGCAUGUGGUGCAGUUGGUCAGCUAGUGGGGCAAUUUGCCAAGCUCCAUGGUUGCCAUGUUGUUGGAAGUGCUGGUAGCCCAGAGAAGGUUGGUAUCUUGAAGAACAAAUUUGGUUUUGAUGAGGCUUUCAACUAUAAAGACGAGCCCGACUUCGAUGCAACAUUGAAAAGGCAUUGUCCCGAAGGCAUUGACAUUUACUUCGACAAUGUCGGCGGCAAGAUGCUAGACGCGGUGCUACUCAACCUGAGACCCCAUGCCCGCAUUGCGGUGUGUGGCAUGAUCUCGCAAUACAACAGAGAACAACCCGACGGAGUCCAGAAUUUGUCGUCGAUGGUAUCGAAAGAAGCUCGAAUGCAAGGCUAUCUAGCGACAAACUACUACCAUCUUUACCCCAAAUACCUGGAAAUGAUAUUGCCAUUGAUCAAAGAAUCCAAAGUAGUGUAUGUUGAAGAUGUUGCUGAUGGCUUGGAAAAUGCUCCCAAAGCGCUCGUUGGGAUCUUUAGUGGCCGUAAUAUUGGUAAACAAGUGGUGGCUGUUAAUUGCUUGUAA